AUGGACAACACCGGAGUCGAAGUCGCGCCCGCUACGCUGCGCUACGCGACGGACGACGGUCUCUGUCUUCCUUCCAGACGUGUGCAUUGCACGCUCGUGUCGGGACGUCCUCAGCCUCUGCUCGAAUGCAUUACACACCGGACUUGCACAGCUCGGAAGCCAAGUGACCAACUCGAUGCAGAGGUCCCAUCUGAACAGCCUCUGUGCAGAUCCGCGAUAAGCGUGCAGACAGAAACGGCAGAUUCCAACCAAGCUCAAAAUCAUGCCAUACCCGGCGCGCAUGACGAGCGUAUGAUUGGCGACGGACUCGAUGAUCUUUCAAUCGACAUCGAAGGGGGGACUGUCCGCAGGCGCGCCACCAGUCGUGUGUUCGACAGGGUGGACGCCCCGUUGCGGGGGCUACGAGGACAUGAUCUAGCAGUAGAUUUGCACGAUGGAUUGACCAGAUACGACGGUUUCCAGUUACCACAACAAGGAAACCCCGUCACUGGCCUCCCUUCGUAUCUCUCCGAACCAUGUGCGAUCACUGUCGAUGUAAAUGCACACCAGCUUCAUCCUCCCGUAACAUGA